AGAGACGCGCCUCCUUCCAGCCACUACUACUACUACUGCUACUCCCGUGCCCUUGUUUUGUUUUCUGGACUCGCCUUUGCUAUCUGGUCGUCGUCAUUGUCCUCGCAUCGUCGUGGACAACAAGAAAACCUGCACAGACGGAGGGGCGAGAAGAGGAUAAGAAAAGCGCAAAAAAUCGUGGACGGACCAGCGGCAGAAUAGAAUAAACACACAACAAAGAGACGGGAGCGAUGGCGGAGGCUGGACCGAGUCGACUUCCGAUGGAAGACUAUAGAGAAAGCGGAAGCAAGGGGAGAAGAACGAGCAGCGCCCCACGGCGACGGCGGAGCAGGCGGCGGAGGGACCUUGCUGCCGUUGUGGUCGCCGGCCUGACGACGUUGGCCGCAAGUGUGUCGGCCCAGACAGUGACACCAAGAUGGGGACAGGCAUCGGCCCUUGUCGACGACCAGUGGCUCGUCCACGGCGGCAAGACCAAUGGCGAGGGCGGCUUCACGUACACCUCGGGCCCCAACACCAACGAGCUGCUCCGUCUGAAUCUCUCUUCGUCCUUCCAGGGCAGUGAGGCGCCCUGGCAGGUCGUCAACACCACCCAGGCGCUUUCCUUCCACACGCUCUCCCCACUUGGGCAGGGCAACGUGCUCGUCUUUGGCGGCGACGGCGCACCCCAGCUCGCCGUGCAGACGGGCAACGACUCGGCGUGGAAGAUGGCGAUGAGCGACUACUCCUGGACUGCGGCGGCAGCCGCGGGCAGCCAGCCGAUGCGCCGCAUCCACCACGCUGCAGAAGUCAACGCUUCCUCGGGCCAGGUCUGGGUCGUAGGAGGCGAAAAGGACGACGGGUCAGGCAUCCUCAUGGACGAGCUGUGGACCUUUGGAGGAUCGUCCUCCUCCUCCUCCUCCUCCUUUGUGAGCCUCGAAGCGCCGCCCUCAACGGUGUGCGUUGGUCUCGUCGAGGCGACAACGACGCUGCUCAGCGACGGCACCCUCCUCGUCCUCGGCGGCAUGGGUGCCGACAAGGCCCUGGCGCCCCUCGAUGCGAACCUGGCCUCCUGCUCGACAAAGACGGGCCAGUGGCAUACGACAAACACCUCGGGCUCUGCUGUGCCCGCGGCGAGGAUGGGCCACGUCGCCGUCAGCCUGCCCGAUCAGCGUGUCUUUAUCCACGGUGGCUCCAACGCCGACCAGUCGCAGGCCCUCUCCGACGCAUGGAUCCUCGACUGGAGCCAGAACCCGCCCGUGUGGUCCGAGGUGCCGACCAGCGGCGUCUCAGCGGCGCCCUCGGCCCGUUUCGGACACGCCGCCGUCGCCUAUGGCCUCGAGGUGGCCAUUGCCUUUGGCUAUGCCGGCAACGCGCCCGCCGACGCCGCCGUCUACACCUUUGACGCCAGCAGCAUGACCAGGGACGCCGCGGGCACCUGGUCGGGCGGCCAGUGGUCCGCUUCGUAUGCGCCCUCGGCUGCCUCGUCGAGCACGUCGUCUGGCAGCUCUUCGGACGGCAAUGGAAAUACCUCUUCUUCUUCACAGGGAGAAUCGGACAAGGGCAGCAGCAGCAGCGGCAGCAGCGGCAGCAACAACGGCGAUGGUGACAGAAGCGGCCAGUCAGAUGGCGGCUCGUUCGGCUCGACGUCGCCCACUGCAGGCUCUGGCUCUGGCAACGACGGCGGCUCAGGCAGCUCCAGCAGCGGCAGGACCGCCGGUGCCGUGCUCGGCUCCCUCGUCGGCCUCGGUCUCGUCGCUGGGGCUGGGUAUGCCUACUACCGUCGCCAGCAGCAGCGCCAGCUGUACGACUGGAGGCGCGGCGACGGCGCAGACGACCUCCUCCCCGACCGGUACGACGACCCGUACAUGGCCGAAAAGGGCAUCGCCAUGCACUCCGUCGCCGCCGUGGCAGCGGGCGCUCGGCCGAGCGGGCCUCGCCCCAUGAGCGGCGGCGGCGGUGGUGGCGGCGGCGGUGCCGGUGCUUCGCCCUGGUCGCCUGGCCACGCCAAGGAGGGAUCCGGACCGCACUUUAAGCAGCGCCUCGCCAUGCUCACCACGGGCCUCGGCUUCAGCGGCCAGCCGCAGCAGCAGCAGCGCUUCGACAUGCUCGCCGACGAGGACGACGACUUCCGCAGCAUUGCAGAGGAGGAGGAGGACGUCGGCGACUACCAUGGCCGCGGCCACGCAGCAGACGCAGACGAGUACGGCGACUACGGUCACAGCCACGGCCACGGCCACGGCCACGGUUACGCGUACGGAGAUGACUACGGCCGCGUGGAGCGAGACGAGUACGAGGAGUCGCCGUUUGAAGAGGACGACUACGACUCGUCGCACCGGGUCAACUCAGACAGCAGGCACGACUUGAACAGCGAUUCACAUUCACAGCCGCAUACAUCCUUUUCAGACGCCCAGCAGCAACGAUCCGCGCUCAUCAGGAGGAGCCCGACGUGGUGGGACCGCUUCAUGAACCAGAGCUUCCUCGAGCGCAGUGCCUCGGGUCGCCUCCUUCCUGGUCCCAGGGCAGAAGAGCCGAUCCGCGAUCCUGCCAGGCCACCCGAGCUGUCGGUCAUCCGCGAGUCGCCCCGCUCGGCCGACCCGAGCUGGGGCGAGGAUCCAUUUGUCGACGACGGCGAGGCGGGCCACGACUUUGGUCCCGAUCGCCUCGUCGGCGAGCACGGCCGGUCGCAGUCGAGCCUCAAGACGACGACGAGCUCGGUGCUGGAGCACCGGCUGCGAAACAUGGAUGUGAUCCAGCGCGUGCGCACCGGCAGCUCCUUUGAUCAAGGCGCUCCUACUGCGUCGACGCCGACCGACGACCACUCGACGAUGCCGACGUCGCACGAGUCGACGCCGGGCACUGUUGUCUGGGACGGCGGCGCCGACACGUCGCUCGACAUUGGAGACCUCGACAUGACGCCGAUGCCCUCGCACGAGCAGACGCCCAGCCUGACGCCCUCGACGACGAAGCGCGCACGCAACAACCCAGAGAUGACUGCGCCCCUCAGCCCGCCGCAGAAGCGCGCAAGGCAGCCGCCCGUCGUGGGCAGCGUCAAGGAUCGCGUCAAGGCCAUCGAGCGAAAGCGCACGCUCGAGGGCGAGGAGCUCUUGCCCGUCCCGCGCCUGCCCCCACUCUCGCCCUCCUCGGCCUCGCCUGCCUUGUCGGAAGAGCAGUUUGUCCCCGGCAGAGGCGGCCGGCCCAUUCUGACGAAGCUCUCGCCCACCGCCGUGUCGCCCCAGCUCUCCGACUCUCCGGCACGGUACUCGCACGGCCUCGUGCCCAAGGCUCAGCUCUUUGUGGCCAACCCCGACGGCCGGAGGCGCAGCUCCUCUGGCACGUCUUAGCAUUCACAUUCUCUCUCUCUCUUUCUCUUGCUUUCCCUCUCCACAUCAUUUCAUCAUGUACAUCUACCGCUCUUCCUCGCCCUGUUGUCCCCCCUCUCUCUCUCUUUGUAGGUCUGCAUCCACCGUCAUCGUCUUCCGAGGAAUUGAAGCGUUGCCC